UUGUCUUCUUCUUGACGGGUUUGUUUUGUUUUUCAAGUUCGGUACGAAAACAAACUUUAGGCAAUUUAUAACCAUUUUCAGUUGGUUAAGGUUAGUGAAAAUUUGCAAUUAUGAAUAUUAUGUAUAAUCGAGUUAGUCAUUGGAUGUCCGGACUUCUAAAGGUGACAAGAACGAUUUCAACCAGUCAUAUCCCAAUGUAUGAUCGCAUCUAUCUUUCAAGUAUGACGGCCUCUAACCUUAAAAACCCGAGUUAUCUACACACUCAGUUGAUAUCUUACAAGAAUAAUCUUGACAAGAUUAAUUUCUCAAGUUUAAUAGUUCAAUACACAUCCCGAAAUUUAAGUACAAACAUGAGUAGUGUGAAUGAAGAGUUUCGCCAUUUGGACUUUGAUCAGCUGAAUGAGGCUAGAAAGAAACAGGAUACUAUUCUGAUUGAUGUGAGAGAGAAUGAAGAGUUGGCUGAAACUGGUACCAUCCCUGGAGCUCAUCAUAUUCCAGUGGGUGAAGUGGCCAAAGCACUAGCAACCCCAGAUGAGGAAUUUAAGAAAAUGUACAAAUUUUCCAAGCCCGCACAAGACUCGAAUGUGAUAUUCUCUUGUAGAUCAGGAAAGCGGAGUCUAGCUGCUUUAGAAGUGGCUCUGGCAAAUGGAUAUUCAAAUGCGAGGCAUUACAAAGGAGGUUUCCUUGACUGGGAGAAAAAUACAUCUGGGACCAACUAAUCGUUAUUUAUUUAAAGGUAAUGUGGGAUAAAAAGGAAAAGCAAGCAUUCAAAAAGGUUAAAAAUUGUAUCAUUAUAAUUUUAUUAUUUUUACUGUGUAUACCUCAUAAUACCUUAUAAACAAUAUUAUAAGGUAUUAUAUUGUUUUAAGUCUUUUGAACAUUUUUUAAUAAAAUGUGUUACAGAAGUGUUAAAGGGCAUUUCACUGUCUGUGUAAUGCAACUUUCUAUCAAAAGCAACA